CGUAUACGAGCCAGGGCUAGCAGCGAUUGUCGAGCUUCAUCCUGCCGUGCAGCUUCCCGAUCAACGACGUUACGCGCGGUCCGCGAACGGACGAACGUUCGACGGCGGACCAGUGCUUUGUGGGAGCUGAAACUAUUUAAGUGACGUAUCGCAAGGGCCAUAUACUCUUGCAAUGGAACAGCAGCUCACAUCUUGAUCAUCUCUUCUCAUUCUCCACCCAGGCUCCUCACGAUCCACAUUCUACAUCUCCACCAUGGCAGGUCUCUUUCGCAUGUUCAAGACUAAAUGGAUCACGCCGCCCAAGGUCACGACUGAAGACUACAGCGGCCGAAUCAUCAUUGUCACAGGAGCGACUUCAGGCAUUGGCAAAGAAGCUGUCUACAAGUUUGCUACGUUGGGAGCUUCCAAGGUCAUCAUCGCCGCGCGUGACUUGAAGAAGGGCGCGUCGACUAAAGACGAGUUAGCAAAACGACUCGGUCGCGAUGAUCAGCUGGAAGUAUGGGAGCUGGACAUGAUGUCCUACGAUAGUGUCGUUGCGUUCGCAGAGCGUGCACAGAUGCUCGAACAUCUCGACAUCGCUAUUCUGAACGCUGGCCUGCACAGGUCAUCCUACCAGACGGGCGAGCACGGCUGGGAAGAGGACUUGCAAGUCAACACGCUCUCCAGUGUACUUCUGGGCGUCCUUCUUUUGCCCAAACUGAAGCAGUCAAAGCAUUAUACCGGCAAGAUACCCGUGCUAGAGUUCGUCAACUCUGGUCUCCACCGAAGCGCAGUCGUGCCCACUGAAGUGCGAAAGCAGCCAAGUGUGCUGGAGCACUACAACAGUCGCGAGAACUUCAAGGAAGGCAGCCAGUACAAGUUCACCAAGGUUUUCCUGAUGUAUGCCGCCAACAAGCUCGCCAGCGAGGUAUCUUCUGCGGAUGUCAUCAUCACAUCAAUCUGUCCUGGAGCUGUCAUGACUGAUCUCGGGCGAGAUCACUACUUUCCCGGCAUCUACAUUGUGGCCGCUGCCUUGAUCUUCCUGCUGAUGAUGUCGCCGUCACAGGGAGCGAAUCCUAUUCUGAGUGGAACAACGCAAGGCGAGUCAGUCCACGGGAGGUUUUGGAAGAGUGAUCAGAUCCAGCCAAUACCACCUGCGCUUGCAGGGGAAGAGAUGAAGGAGCUGGGGUCGAGGAUCUGGGACGAGAUUGUCGAGGCGCUGAAGAAGGAUCUCUCGAAACUACGCCAGAAGACGCUUCCCUCGCUCAAGCACCGCGCGCAGUCCCGCAUCUACAAGUACAUCGUCUACCGCCAGGCGAAGAAACUCGGCAAGAAGGCGGGGCUCCUCCAGCGCCUGCGCGGCCACGCUCGCAAACUCCUCGGUAACGGCUACCUCGAAAAUGAGGCGCGGCUGAGACGCAGGAACCUGGCAAAGAGCACCGACGGUAGCAUGAGCAGCUACCAGGGCGCCGAGUCAGGCAGUCGCCGGCGUAAGCUGGCGGGCUAUCUGAAGGCCGCGAACGAGAUCCGGCAGACGUACACGCAGCAAUAUGCGCCUGGCUGGAGCAGCCGUGAAGCCAACUAUGACUACGAGGACGAUACCCCGGGCAGCUUCCCUGACGCUGCCAUCGUCCGCAGCGGUGAGGAGGAGAUGAUCCUCUUCCCUAGCUAUGCCCGCAAGCACAUCAAGCGGAAGCCGGAGGCAGCGCCGGGCACUAUACAGGAGACAUCUGGUGAUGGUCGAGAUGUACGGGACUCGAUAGGCGCCGGCGAUGCCGAGUUUUGGAAGCAGCAGUGGGACAACUACGAAGACGACAACGCCGUUGUGGAUGUUGAUGUCCGUGGGUGGAUUUACUCGCCGCACAAGGGACCGAUGAGCAGGAAGCAGCGACUAUUCAUUGGCCUGGCACGCCAGCUGGUGGGUGUGUCAGCACCGCCUGCCGGAGCGUCUACCUCGAACUCGACCGCGAACAGCCGCGACCCGAGCCCGAACCACGUCGGAUUUCGCGAGCGAGCGCAGAUGCUCCAAUCACAGCGUGAUGAGGACAUCGCGGCAAGAGAGGCAGAAGAGAUCUUGAGGAAAGGCGAACGCGAAGCUGCAGCGGCCGCAAAGGGCGCAUACAGUGAGCGACCCAAUCGCAGCAACCAGGAUGAGACACAGGUAUACCGCACGCAGAGCAGCGACAGUGUCCGCACUACAGGAAGCAAAGUCCCACAUCAGCUGGCUCACAGUCAGUCGAAGAGUUCACUACGAAGCGACGAUGAGUACAUCACCCCUUUGCAGAGGCGAGCAUCAUGGAAUCAGCCAGCAGACAUGAGCCCGGCUGAGCUUGCAGAGGCUAAUGCGCGCCUGAUGGCUCGACUACGGCACUUCCUCGCCAUGCCUAUGGCGAAUACUCCGAUCAGCGUAUUCUUCUACAAUGACAAGAUCUCAAAACAGAGGACUAUUUACACCAACACGGCAGGCCACUUCAGCAUGACGGCCGCACUAGACUUUGUACCAACCCAUGUACGAAUCUUGGCCUCCGAGCAGCUGUCGGCUACGGAAGAGGUCUUAGUCACUGAUUCUACGGGAAUCAGUGUCAUCAGCGACAUUGAUGACACGAUUAAACACUCAGCCAUCAGCAGUGGUGCGCGAGAGAUCUUCCGUAAUGUCUUCAUCCGUGACUUGAGCGAUCUCACUAUUGAUGGCGUCAAGGAGUGGUAUAACAAGAUGUCUGAACAGGGUGUCAAGUUCCACUACGUCUCGAACUCACCCUGGCAAUUGUACCCGGUCAUUUCCGCGUACUUCUCCAUGGCUGGAUUGCCACCCGGCUCAUUCCAUUUGAAGCAGUACAGUGGUAUGAUGCAAGGUAUCUUUGAGCCUGUCGCAGAGCGAAAGAAGGUUACUUUGGACAAGAUUGCUCGAGACUUUCCAGAGAGACGCUUCAUGUUGAUUGGUGACAGUGGAGAGGCCGACCUGGAAGUCUACACUGACUUUGUCCUUGAGAAUCCAGGACGCGUCGCAGCUGUUUUUAUCCGCGAUGUGACGACUACUGAGACUGGUGGCUUCUUUGACCCUUCGGUUGGGCCAGCGUCAGGAUCAUCUUCACCUCGACGUGGCGGUGGCUUCAAUAUCCCAGAAGGACCUAGUCCGGCGAGCGCGACACGUGCUCUUUCUGAAGAGCAUGAUCCUGAGCUCAAGGCCGCGAUAGCUGCCUCGUUGCGCGAGUUUGAGGAAGAGGAACAGAAGCGCCCAAUGCCGCACCUGCCGCAAGACCACCCAAAUAACAGGCCUGGGCUGCCGACACGGAAGUCGUUCCAAACAACCCAAGAAGAGCCUGUAGCAAAUCUGAUAGACCUUUCUUCAGACGACGAACCAGAGAGCGCCCGGCCACUACGACGCAUGAAGACAGACAUGGACAGCAACGCACCCACAUCACCACCUUCAAAUCGCCCUGCACCACCACAGCCCAACUACAGCACAAAACCUCAGUACGACAAUAGUAAUCAAAGCUACGCAGGAAUGGCCCGCGACAAGCUCUACUCCGUGUACAACAGUCUGCCCGCCUGGUCGCCCGAAGACCAAGACACCUCAGACACCGCCAGCAUCCGCUCCGGCUCCUCCAAAAGUAGCACCCGCAAGACCGCCCCCCCACCUCCCCCACCCCGCCGCAACCCCGCCGGCGUCGCCGCAUCCUUCGUCGGCAACAAAGCGUCCUCGGCGUGGCAACACGCGCCCUCGCUCCCGCACCGCCCGCAGGUGACCUCCGCGCAGACCUCCGCGCCUUUCUCUACCACGUCCCAACGCGAGAAGCUGAACCGCACGGGCACCGGCUCUACGCUCGGCCUCAACGGCGCCGGCGUCAACCAAACCGCCGAUGGCCAGUACGUCAAUAAGCGCGAGCAGCUGUGGCGCCAGCGGUGGGCGCGCGCGGAGCAGAUUCUCAGCGAGCAGGGCGUUGUUCUGAGGAGUUGGAGAGUGGGGACGGAUGCCAUCGCUGAGGCGGAGAAGAUCAUCAAGGAUUCAGCAAGAGAGAACAGAAUGGGGAACAAGGGGGGAGCGAGAGCGGCGGUCAAUGAGUGCAGUAGCGGGAGGGCAGUUGAGGGAACUUAGCGUUGUGACAUAUGAGCGUUGUAAUAGUAUAUAGUAACUUGCAUACCCUAAACCCUGCCUGUGUUGCUGAACAGUAGCUCAGGGCGGCAUGAUGGACGAAUAUG